AUGAACAAUCAGCAGUCUCACUACAACGAACUUCAAACUCCUCAGACUGGAUACGACAUGAACUUUACUCCUCUUCUUCCCUCGCAAUUGCUGAUGGGAAGUCCUUUCCAACCCGGCUCGCCGUCGACUUUCCAAUCGCCGCAAUUUCAGAGCUUCUCCAGCUUCACUCAACAGCCGAACCACCAAAACAAUCGAAUGAGCGUGAGUAUGAAUCCGAUGUAUCAGCAGCAAGCCGCACCUUUCUCGCCUGGCAUGCUCAGCUCGAUGGGAUCUCCCAACCCGAUUGGGUCUCCAUACUUCGGAAGCAUGCAAUCGCCGACCACUGGUGGAUUCAACUCGAUCAAUGUGCAGACCAUGGCACCUCAAUACGGUCAGCAAAUGCAAAUGGGCAACUCGGCAUUGAUGUCUGCAUCCUCCCGCACGGUGUAUCUUGGCAACAUUCCUCCGGAGACCACUCCGGAAGAGAUCCUCAGCCAUGUACGCAGCGGUCAAAUUGAAUCCGUGCGUCUCCUCCCGGACAAGAAUUGUGCCUUCAUCUCCUUCCUCGACGCCAGUUCUGCGACACACUUCCACUCGGACGCCAUUUUGAAGAAACUCUCCAUCCAAGGACAGGACAUCAAGAUCGGCUGGGGGAAGCCAUCAUCUGUCCCCAGCUCUGUCGCCCUCGCAGUGCAGCAAUCUGGCGCCUCCCGAAACGUGUACCUGGGAAAUUUGCCAGAAGAAACGACCGAGGACGAAAUUCGCGAGGACCUGUCCAAAUUCGGGCCCAUCGAUACUGUCAAGCUUGUGCGCGAGAAGUCGAUUGGAUUCGUGCACUUCCUGUCCAUUGGCAACGCCAUCAAAGCGGUCACACAGCUGCCGCAGGACCCAAAAUAUCAGGCUCCGAGGCGCGUGUACUAUGGCAAAGACCGCUGUGCAUACGUUUCCAAGACGCAGCAGCAGAACGCGGCGCAGUAUCUCGGUAUUGCACCUGGAUAUGCGCACGUCCUGAAUGGUGCAGAUCGUGACUUGAUCACAAAUGCGCUCGCUCAGCAGUCUGUAGCUGCCGCAGCUGUGGCGACCACGGCAGGAGGAGUGUCGAAUUUGGGUAACCGAACGGUGUACUUGGGCAAUAUCCACCCGGAGACGACGAUCGAGGAGAUUUGCAAUGUGGUCAGAGGAGGUCUGUUGCACCACAUUCGAUACAUCCCGGACAAGCACAUUUGCUUUGUGACAUUCAUCGAUCCGACUUCUGCGGCGUCGUUCUACGCGUUGAGCAAUUUGCAAGGACUGAUGAUACACAAUCGCCGUCUGAAGAUUGGCUGGGGCAAGCACUCCGGAGCGCUGCCUCCUGCAAUCGCACUCGCAGUCUCAGGCGGUGCUUCGCGAAACGUCUAUGUGGGCAAUCUGGACGAGAGCUGGAAUGAGGAUCGCCUUCGCCAGGACUUUCAGGAGUACGGCGAUAUCGAGCUGGUCAACACCCUUCGAGAGAAGAGCUGUGCAUUCGUCAACUUCACGAACAUCGCGAAUGCGAUCAAGGCGAUCGAGGCGGUGCGUGGCAAGGAAGAAUACAAGCGCUUCAAAGUGAACUUCGGCAAGGACCGUUGCGGCAACCCUCCACGACAAGCCUCUCACCAGCAGCAGCAGGCGCAACAGCAGGCACAGCAGCAGUACCAACAAUCCGAUCCUACCAACGGACUUUCAUCUCCAUCGCCCGUCAACGGCCUUGCGCCCUCUUCCCGGCCUGCCAACUCCAUCUCGCCCGUCUCCUCGAACCCGCCUCACCACUCCAGUUCCUCCGGCUAUGACCCACGCCACGGACCCACGGCUUCCACAAUCUUCAACACCGGCACCAACAACCCUCUGACGCUCUACCUCGCCGCAACACAACACGCCGCCGCGCAAGCCGCCGCUGAUCAGCAACAGGCUCUGCAGAACCAACGCCACGAGCUAAGCACGGGCGGACGCUCUUCCGCGCAAGGAGGAGGAAAUGGCCUCGAAGUGCCCUCGGGUCAACACUUUGGUCAUGCAAGUCACCACAGCAUGAACGUCUCCGCCUCGAAUAACAAUAAUGGCAAUAACAGUAAUGGAGGAGGUUCUGGAUAUGGAGCUUCGGCGAGCCAUAGCUCAGCGGCGAAUCAGAGCUUGAGGGGAAUGCAUUCGCGGACGGUCAGUUUGCCGGCCUUUUCGUUGCAGAGCCAACAGCAGAUUCUGGCGCAACAACAGGCAGCGCUUCAGGCCAAGCUGCAGCAGUCGCAGCAGUCUCAGGGAUACGGUGGAGGAUAUGCGAGUGGUAAUGGAGGCUUCGGUUUGGGUGUCAGCAGUGAGGGACUGCAAGGAUGGGCGGAAGAGGAGGUUGCUUGA